CUGUGACUGCCACGUACGGCUUGACAGCUGAGCACUUCCUGAUGCUGCAGCUGGCACCCGGCUCUUGCUAGCCUAGCAACCCGCUUUCACCUUUCACGCUUUGGGAACAGCUAGUGAGAUACAGCGUGGUCACGUCGUCGGGAUCAGUCGGGAGGUGGGAGCAGCAGCGUUAAGACGGCACCAUGAACGGCCAGCUGGACUUGAGCGGGAAGCUGAUCAUCAAAGCCCAGCUGGGCGACGACAUCAGACGCAUCCCGAUCCACAACGAAGACAUCACUUACGACGAGCUGGUGCUCAUGAUGCAGCGUGUCUUCAGGGGCAAACUGCAGAGCAACGAUGAGGUCACCAUCAAGUACAAGGACGAAGACGAUGACCUCAUCACCAUCUUCGACAGCUCUGACCUCUCCUUCGCUAUCCAGUGCAGUAGAAUACUCAAGUUAACCUUGUUUGUGAACGGUCAGCCGAGGCCUUUGGAGUCCAGUCAGGUGAAGCACCUGCGCAGGGAGCUCAUCGAGCUGAGGAAUAAAGUCAACACCCUCCUGGAUACCUUUGAGCCCCCCACAGAGCCCGGCGUGGCCGCCACAGCACCAGAAAGCGAAACUGUUGAGGGACGUGAAGGCAAGGUGGCGACAACAGAUCCUGCUGCGAAGCACGUGACCCCAGUCAGUGCGGCCAGUAUGUCCGCCUUUGACCCCUUAAAGAACCAGGAUGAAGUCAACAAGAAUGUCAUCUCUGCUUUUGGUUUGAGCGAAGACCAGCCCCCAGCGCCGCCAGCAGCGGGCCCAGAGGAGCGCUCAGGGACCCCUGAUAGCAUUGCUUCCUCCUCGUCCGCAGCCCCUCAGCCAGGAUUGCCUCCCCAAGUGCAGGCACCCUUUUCUGGAGUGCAACAGGGACCCCCAGCUGGCGUGGAUGGUCAGGUAUACCCGCAGUACCAGGCCCCAGGUGGAUACCCUCCACAGCAGCCGGGUGCCCCCCCUCAACCGUAUGGAAUGCAGUAUCCUGCGGGGUACAGCCCCCAGCCAGGAGCCCCCCAACCUGGUCCACCGCAACAGCAGCAGUUCCAGAACUACGCGCCCCCCUCCUCCCAAGCCCCGGCCCCAGGUCCACCGGCCCCGGCCCCCAGCUUCCAGGGUGGCCAGCAGCAGCAGCAGCAGCCUCAUUCUCAUCCUCCUCAGGGACCCCAGCAGUACCCGCCAGGAGCCUUUCCUCCCCAAAACUAUACCUCCCAGGCAUCGCAGCCGGCCAACUACAGCAUGCCGCCCAACUCCCAGGCUGCCGGGUACCAACCUCGUCCGGGAUACACCCCACCUCCGGGCAAUACGGUCACCCCUCCGCCCGGGGCUGCUAACCCAUACGCCCGCAACCGGCCCCCUUAUGGUCAGGGCUAUGCCCAGCCAGGCCCUGGGUACCGGUAAAGGUGCGCGUGAAUGAUCCAGACACCAACCCUUGUGGCGCAAACCGUUUGGACUGGUUAACUGCUCUGAAUUUUUUCCCCAUCAUAUGAAUAUCAAAUCCAAAUAUUAAACAGGCAAAAAGCCCCCCCCCCGUCUGAUGGCUAGUGUUUAUGUGCAGUCUGACCAACACAUUGCUGGGCUUUUGUUGCAGUAAUUAUGAUUUGUUUGUGUAUUAUUUUCCAUCUCUCCACCCUUUUUCCCCUCUUGUAUUUGCCAUCGACCAAAACAGGCUGUUUCUCCUUCCUUUCGUGUCACGCUCCAAUGACAUUCGUAUCCUUAAAACUUAAUGCGCCGGGCCCAUUGCGCCCUAACUGACUUUGGAUGUUUUCUCUUUUUCUUAUUUGUCACCGCUCUAUCUGUAUUAAUCACGAUGGGCACACUAGCUAAUCGAAGGCGUACGGGUGGGGUCGAUCCCAGUGUAAUAUGUAAGGUUUCCCUUUGGUCACCACUCCUUCCCCCUUUCUCUAUCAGAUCACCAGUUUUUACUAAUAUACAGAAAUCAAAUCACACCUUCAUGUCAGAUUUGUCGUUGAGUGUGUAAGCUGUAAGAUUUUUUUUCUUUUUCUUUAACACAAUAAAUGAUUGAUACCCA